AUGAAUUAAGGAAGCAGCGAGUAUUACCAAGUUGUCCAGGGCAAAAAUAUUACAAAUAUUUAUACUAAUAAUAAUGUGAACCCAGAUUUAUCCAGCCGAUCAGCAACUGCUAAUGUUAUUGCUGAGAAAGAUAAAAGUCGGUUCAGCAGCAACAGAGCUUCUUAACAAUAUAUUCCAAAUUCAAAUAAUCCUCACUAAGGAAAUUCAACAGUGACAAAGUUUUUGGAGAUUAAGCUUCCCUCCUCAAUUGACAUAGUUCUUGAGGACAUUAACAACACUAAUAAUCCAAAUUAUAGUAACCCACUAUCCUCUCCUGAUAACAAUAAGUUGCUUUCCCCUCUUAAUAACUAGAAUUUAGCACUUAAUAAUCACGUGAUCAAUAGUAAUGCUAAAAUUUCUAGUUCUGGUAGGAGAUUACCUCCAAUGAAUGAGGAAGAGCCUUCAUUUUAUUCAAUAGGGAUUCAUGAUAAGUCAUUCAAUAUUGAUGGUUCAAGAUCUAAAAGCAAAAUGAAGGAGGAAAGUCUUAAUAUGGAACCCCCGAGUAAAGAACUGAUUAAGAUUCACUAGGAUCCGUAUAAAAAUCCAAUAAAUCAUGAAACCAACAGAUCUAGUACUAAUGGUAACAAUUCUCUUUCAACAAAGAGGCAUUACAGAAGAGUUUCAGCAGCUGUUGAAUACCAAAAUUUCAGUGAAGUACAGCUGACAACAGCUUUCACAAACUAAAUGAACUUGAGAUACUCCAUAGAUUUCAACAAUCAUAUCAAGUAAACCUUAUAGAGCUCGCCUAGAGGAUUAAAUCAGAGUAGUACCAAUAAUAAUAGCACCAUUAGAUUCUAAUCCUCAGUUGCACCACUUCGAACAUCAAUUAUUAACCUUCACAUAGACCCAUAUAAAGAGAAGAAUCUGAUUUACAUGUGCUAAUCAAGCAGCCAGAAUCAGUAAUCUUUUCUUACCUAGGAAUCUAAAAAGAACCAAAACAUGAGCUUGAUGAUCCGAUCUCAGAAUAAAAAGAGAUUAUUAACUGCUGCAAUAGGGGCUGAUGGAAUGAAAUCUUAAAAUAAUUCAGCUAUUAAAAAGACUAUUCAAAACUCAACCAUUGCUGGAUUAACCUCUAUAUCUGCUUUGCCUUCCAAAGAGCUUCAUCAUAUUAGAUCUAACACCUCAGAAAUUGAUCCCGAUAGAGUUGAAGCUAAUUCCUCUCCCAAUAUCAAAUAGCAAAAAUAUUUAAUGCACUAGACUCUAGGUGGGGAAUCUGCUUAUCGUGAAGAUAUCAACAGUACCUAGAAGUAGCAAAUCAAUUUUAAUGUAGUACCAGAAAGUAAAGAGCUUUAAUCCUUCAGGUAUAUUGUCUUGAAUCCUUAGUAAAGUGAUGCCACUCUUAAUACCUAAGCAUUGAACGCUAGUCUUUUGUUCGAAUAGGCAAAGAAGGCUGAUGAAAAUUCUCUUGAAAGCACCUAGAGACAAGUUAUAUAUUCAUAAGCUAAUAAUUCCAGACUGUACUCAGAUUUCAAUAACUCACCAAAGAGAUCUAAUCAAAAUAUCAAUAUAAUUGAUAACAAGAGCAGCAACAUACGCCUGCUAAACUAAAAAUCAAAGUAAAACAUGCUGAAUGAAUACAUCUUUGAGAAUAAGCAUCAUAAGAGCAGUAUUCUGAACCAAGACUCCUCUGAAAAUCAAUCCAUUUUUGGAAUGAUGAGUUAAUGGGAGUAGGAGCAAGUGAGGUAAAAUUUCUACCGUAGUUACUAUAGAUCUAACUCAAUAGCUAAAGAUAAAAGAUUUAUGGAGAAUGAUUAAAUUGUACUGCGAGCUAUGGCCUAGAAAUAAGGCAAUAAGCAUAGAAAGAUGUAAUCUCUGGUUAGCAAUUAUGAGAAAAAUCAAGAACCUAAUAGAAUCUAGAACAGAAGCAGGAAGUAGAACAUGAUUUAGGAUUCUAAAACAUAAGGAGAUCAACCAGCAUACCCUUAAGAUAAAUUAUAGAUUCAGAAUACUAGUGUACUUGGACCUAGUACUAACAUCAAAUAAGCGCUCUUUAAUAAUGAGAGACAUAAUAACAGCACAAACAUUACCACUCAAACGAAUACUAAUGCUAAUCAAAGAUAGAGAGAAAAUAUGAUGUAAAUCAUGCAGAAGUUCAAAAGAAACAAAGCUGCCAUGAUCUAAUAUAAAUCCCUAUUUAUGCAGCAUGAGUUGACAAAGCCUUAAAGCUCUACAACAAUCAAGAAAUCCAAUGAACUCAAUGGAUAGAUCAGAAUUACAGGAAUUAAAUAAUUAAAGUAAUGA